UUGACGUCGAUGCUUGUGCGAGAAAACGUAGUGCAACUAAGUAGAUAUAAAAACAAAGAUUUUACGUAAACAACGAGUUAAAAAAUAUGUGAUCUUUUGCAAAAUGGGACUAAUAAUGUUAUAGUGUUGUGUUUUAGUGCUAAAAACAAGUUUAAUUGUGUUUAAAGAUUAAAAAUAAGUGAUUAUAUUUGAAAUAGUUUCGUCACGGCAGGCGUUAAAUGUGAUGUGUGGCACAUAGCAAGAUGCGGUUCCUACUACUGCUAGCUCUAGCCCCGGCCGCGCUCGCACUAUAUUGUCCAUCAAACUGCUACUGCGAGCUUUAUGAUGAACUGGAAUACAGAUGCAAGUCUGGCAGCAACAAAGUAACAUAUAACGCGAGGAACAACGAGUAUGUUAACAUAGAAUGUGAGGGUGCAAACCUCACCUGCGCAGAUUUCCCUCAGGUCAAUUUUGCCAAUAACCAAACCCUCCCGUCCCUCUGGCUGAAGAAAUGCCCUCCUUCCAUCAUCCCCUGCCUGAAUGACGCGCUGAUGACGUCAUCAAUAAGUUUUGUCACUUUCACGAAGUUGCGAGCACCUAUGCGAGCUGAUGAUGUAGAGCAUCUUGGAGAGGUCCAGGAGAUCAUGAUAUCUGAGGGCCCAAAAGACCCACUACCACCAUCAGCUCUCGAGAAGCUCCCAACUCUUCGACGGCUGCGAAUCACCAGCACUCCAGUGACCCUCGACCUAUCCACUUUCGCCCAGUCUCCAGGGUUGGAGUACUUGGAGCUAUCAGACCCUUUGAUCACGGAGAUCCCCUCGGGGAUGUUUGCUAGUCUCCACAAGUUGAAGAUGCUUAACUUUUGGGGGAACAGUUUGAGUGACGUGGAGGUGGAUUCUUUGUUAGGUCUGGACUCGUUAGAAAAGCUAUCGUUCACCAUGAGUCGUCUGGCAAAUAUAUCUCCUGGAGCAUUCAAACACCUGCCGAAGUUAAAGUCUCUGUACAUAAUGAAGAAUAGAAUCGAAGAGAUCGCUCCAGGACUGUUGACUAACUUGACUCAACUGGAAAAUAUAACCAUACAAUUAAACGACAUCAAGUUACAUUUGCAUUCAAAUUCGAUUACCAAUCUGCCUGGAUUAAAGAAUCUUAUAAUCAAGGACUGCUUCGCUGAAUUACCGAAAGACUUGAUCACCGGCUGUGAGGCCUUACGCACUUUGGACCUCUCCCAAAACCGGAUAACAGCUAUACCGGAUAAUUUUUUCAAAGAUUUGAAGAAUUUAGAACAUCUCGAUUUGAGCUACAAUAGAAUUGCCAAAUUGGAUAGUGGAGUUUUAUCGCCUUUGAAACAAUUGAAAUAUUUGAACCUGGACCGAAAUCACUUGGAGGUGUUGCCUGAAUUCUUCUUCGCUGGUCUAAGGAAAUUGGAAGAACUAUCGAUUAACGAAAAUUUACUCACUACGAUAAAUGCCUUAGCGUUCCAAGGCGCAACGUCUUUGCAAACAAUAUCAAUGAUGGGAAACAAAUUGCAGCUAAAAUCUCAAGAACAAAUCGAAUCUGCAUACAAUAUGGGCUAUGAAGUGUAUUCACCGUUCAACACUUUGAUCGAGUUAAAAAAGUUGACAUUGAGUCGAAAUAAUAUCACAACCAUUUUUGACGAUUGGAGAAUCGUGUUCACCAAUUUGGAAGUAUUGGAUUUGUCUCACAACCGUAUUGAGAAUUUAAAUCCGGUCAACUAUCAGUUCCUAAGCAAAAAGGUAACAGUGGACUUGCAGUAUAAUAAUAUAAGUACUGUAGGCAUGUACCAACCAGCUGUGUCGAUUGACCAUUCGGAAUCAGAAAUACAAUCAAACACCAUAUUUCUGUUGGACCACAACCCUUUCAACUGCGAUUGUCAUAUAUAUAACUUCGUUAUGCGUCUCCGGGGGAAAAAACCUGCCUCCGAACCGAAUUUUAACGUAGGCGACGCUGAAUGUAAAUCCCCAGACCACUUAAACGGGGAUUUGUUGAGAAAUGUAUCCCCAUCCCACUUAUUAUGCGAAGAAAUGCUGCCUGAAGUUCGAUUUAAUUGUAAUUCUGUUCUGGUGAGACCAGAGUUCAAUGAUUUGUCCUAUGAUUGUGAUUAUCUGCCACCUUCUUUCCCUGAUCUUGCAGAAUAUGGCGUUCAAGAACUACGUCUAAAAUUAAAGCACCCACCAAAAGAUCUAAGCAACUUAUCUCUAAGUUUACUAAACUUAACUAAUAUAGGUUUACAAAAAAUCCCAUUCGAACCGUCAAAAUUGGUGAAAGUAAUCGAUUUUUCGAAUAAUAGUUUAACAAAAAUUCCUGUUCGAUUCGUAAAAUCGAAUACGACGUUGUAUUUAUCGCAUAAUCCGUUCGACUGUGGUUGUUUUUCUAAAGAUGACAUUGUAGCUUUAAAAGGUAGACGUAGUAUCGUGAAAGAUUAUGAGUCCGUUGGCUGUUCCGACGGUGUCUUAGUGAAAGAGCUAGAUAUUCCCGCCCUAUGUUACACUCAAACUUUAGUUGCAGAAAUCGGCGGCAUAUUCGUAUUUUUACUAAUUUUAUUCAUACUAGCAUUCAUCUUUUCUCGACAAAUUGUUGAUUACUGUGGACACAGACUACUUCCUUGUUGGUACAUCGACGACCCAGACAAUAUAGUCAAAGCAUACGAUAUUUUCGUUUCCUACGCCCACCAAGAUCAAAAAUACGUCGACAAGUUACUGCCCAAACUAGAAAACGACUUCAAAUUGAAAGUCUGUGUCCACUACCGAGACUGGGAAGUCGGUGAUUUCAUCCCCGAUCAAAUUCAUCGGUCGGUAUCGAAUUCUCGGAAAACUAUUAUUUUAUUAUCGAAUCAUUUUCUCGAUUCGACGUUUGCGAAUAUGGAGUUUAGGACGGCUCAUAACUUGGCUUUGAAGGAAGGUCGGGAAAGAGUGAUUUUGAUCCUUCUGGAAGACGUAAGUAAGCAUGAGAAGUUGUCUGAAGAGUUGAAAUAUCAUAUGAAGAUGAAUACGUACCUGACUUGGGAUGACAUUCGCUUCGAUGAUAAAUUAAAACGUCGUACGAUCCCGCAAAAAUAUAAUAAGAAGAAAUUCGUUGCGCCGGCCAUUUUGAAACCAAUUUUCAGGCAAGCUACUGAAAAUAAUUUGAAGAAAGCAUUAGAUGUUCACUUGAAUAGUUCUGGGCAACUUGUAAAUAUGGCUCAGAAUAAGAAAAAUAUCGAAAGUGUAUAAUUUUUUAGCAAUUAUUCCAAAAAAGGACUUCUGAAAGUCUAUUGUUUUCGUGAACCUCUAUUUUACCAAGAACCCCCAACCCUUAAAAGGCUGACCACGCACUUGUAACGCCUCUGGUGAUCCAGGUGUCCAUGGGCGACGACGAUUGCUUACCAUCAGGUGAUCCGUCUGCUCGUUUACCGAUAUCACCUAACGGUAAAGUUUAUGUCAUUGAGUUCACCUCACGCUGAGUAACUCUAAAUUAAGGGAUGUUUUAGUGGCUCUCUUAAAUUUUAAGUUACCCCUAAUCUAAGUGGCACUUAAUGAUGUUUUGGUUUUACCAAGCUACAAAUGACACCUAACGACAAAGGCAGUUAGUUAAGAUUUUCCCUGACGUUAAGUAACUCUUAGUUAAGUGAUGGUUUAGGGGGUGGUUAGUGGAAACGAAACGUUAGUCUUUUAAGUCAUUAUAGACUAAAAAAUAAUUUUUGGAAGUCUAAAAUUAAAGCAUUUAUUUGAAUUAAACUGUCAAACACCGCGAGGUCACCGGUGACCGCAACCUAUUGUUCUUUAAUUGUGUCUAUAAUGACGGUACUCGACGAGUUAAACCGUCAGGAACUUUCGUCCGUCAGUGAAGGUAGGUGCUCGUUCCAAAGUGUAAAUUCCUUUAAAAAAUAAGCAAUUAUAGUGUAAAAAAUAGAAUUUUAUAUGAAUACUAUCUCUUGGCCGCGAUAAUAAAUAUAAUUACGGGGUAUGCCAAUUAAAAACCCAGUUAAUCCGUCAGUUAGGUAACGAAAAAACAU